AUGGGCAGCGUCACGGGCGGAGGAGACGGGAGCCAGGAGCCCAUCCGCACACGGCAGGCACACGGCCCUGCCCAGGUGUUCUGGCAGGCCCUGCUGGCUGGGGACCAGGGCACUGUAGCCAAGAUCCUCGGGGAGCCUCAGAACAACCUGAGCCCCAGUGCUGUGUUUGACACCAGUGACCUGGAAGAGUGGAAGAACUACCGCUUCAACCCCCGCGGGCUGAGACUGUGGUCGCUGAGCUACGAGCAGGAGCUGACCACGCCGCUGCACAUCACGGCGGGCCGGGGCUACGCGGAGUGCGUGCGGCUGCUGCUGCGGCGCGGCGCGGCCGUGGACGCGGCCCCGGGCGGGCGCACCGCGCUGCACGCCGCCUGCGCGGCCGCCAGCGCCGCCUGCGCGCGCCUGCUGCUCGCCGCCGGAGCCGACCCCGAGGCCGUCUCCGAGGAUGGCCACCGGCCCCUGCACCUCUGCAAGAGCUCCGACUCCAUCGAGUGUGUCCGGCAGCUGCUGCAGCGUGGUGCCAGCGUGAACAGUCAGACGGAGGAGGAGAUGGACACAGCCCUGCAUGUGGCAGCACGGCACGGCCUGGCAGAGCAUGUCCAGCUGCUUCUGCACCACGGGGCUGAAUUGGAGGUGAGGAACAAGGAGGGGCAAACACCGCUGAACGCUGCCUGUGCUCAGCAGCAUCAGCCCCAGGACAUGGACCGCUACUACCGAGUCUGCCAGCUGCUGGUGCAGAGCGGUGCCAGGAUCAACGCCGAGGAUCGGGACCGGCAGCACCCGCUGCACCUGGCCUGCAAGAAUGCCAACGCUCAGAUCGCAGAGCUGCUGCUGGCCCACGGCGCCAACGUCAAUGUCAUGAACUACGGCGGCAACACGGCCCUGCACAACAUCCUGCAAGUGGCUGCCUACAAGCGGGAGCAUCGCCCCGAGCUGGUGGUGCGAGCGCUGCUCAACCACGGAGCCGUCCGCAUCUGGCCGGGCUCCCUCCUCAAGGUGCUGCGGUGCUGCCACAGCUGCCCGCGUGUCAUCGAGGUGCUGGUGAACAGCUACAGCCACGUGCGUGUCUCCGAGGACUGGGUGGCAGCGGUUCCAGCAGAGGUGGUACAGAAAUACCCCUGUUUCUACCAGUCACUUUUCUCCCUGGGGCGCAGACCUCGCUCCUUGCAGCACCUGGCUCGCUGCACACUCAGGACCCUCCUGGAGGGCCGGCUGCUUCUGGUCCUGUCCCAGCUGCAUCUGCCAAGUGCCCUGCACCAGUUCCUGCUGCUCGGCUUCGAGGACGUUCUCUACUAGGGGUGGCAGUUCCAGUCCUGCUGUGCCUCUCUGUGCAGGUGUUCCACCUCUGCCAAUGCAGUCUGUGCUUUUGCAGCUACCCCCUUCCCCUCACCCCACUCCUGCCUGGCCACAUCAGCCCCCUGUGCCAAGCCUGCUGCUGUGUCCCA